UCACAGCAUAUCCAUUCAUUUCAGGCUAGGUUCUUUCAAAGCAAAAAUCCCAACAUCAUCCAUAGCUGUAAGAAAAUUUGAAAAAAAAAAACAAAAACCAGACAUGGAAGCCACUGCUGUUUAUAGCAGCAAAGGAAGUCCAUUUCUUUUUUCCUCUAGGAUUACAACCAGAAAAUCAUUUAAACCAUCACAAAAUGCUGCAACUUUCUCACCUUUUCUCAUUCAAUCCAUGGCUACUCAGAAACCAUUGCCUUCAGUUGCCAAAACUGUUGGUUCUAGAAAGGGCUCGAACUCGACCGUUUUUCCACUCGGCGAGCCAGGGCCAAGGAACAGCACAGUGGUGACACAACCAGUGAAGCUACUGACAAAUGUAGAAAAACUGAAACUGCUAACCAAAGCGGAGAAAGCAGGGCUACUAUCCGCGGCAGAGAAGUUCGGGUUAUCGUUAUCGUCCAUAGAGAAACUCGGGGUCCUAUCCAAGGCCGAAGAGUUUGGGGUGUUGUCGGCGGCGACAGACCCUGGAACUCCAGGAGCACUAUUGACACUAAGCUUGGGAUUACUGCUAUUGGGUCCAUCAUGUGUUUACCUUGUUCCUGAAGAUAACUUGGGGGAAAUUGUGUUGCAGGUUGUGGUGGCACUUGUAUGUGUUGCUGGUGGAUCAGCAGCUUUUGCUGCUUCAAAUCUUGUUUCAAAUUUGCAGAAAUCAAGCUGAAAAUUUGGCAUUUCAAGUAACAAAAUCUUGCAUCAAGCUAUAUUUGGUAUUCAAACUAUCUGGUUUUAUACUAGUAACAUUUUCUGUGAUAAUAUCAGUGUAAAUUCCAUGUUUUGGACUCACUGAAUUAAAUCUAGAGCAAUAUAAUGAACAUUUUAUUCA